GGAAGGCAGAGGAGCGACAAGCGCGUAAGAGUGAUUCCUUGGGGGCAGCCACAGACUCGAACAACUGGACUCGCGGUGGGCUUGUGCCAGAACUAUCAGACGCCCCAAGAUGGAUCCCAGAUGCACCAUGGUAUUGGGACUCCUCUUUGUGACCGCCUUCGUGCUCUCAGAUGCUGCUACCAUGAAGAAGCAAGCUUAUUUCAAUAGGACUGCAUACCUGCCGUGCCAUCCUACAAAGGCCCAGAACAUGAGCCUGAGUGAGCUGGUAGUAUUUUGGCAGGACCAGAAAAAGUCUGUUCUGUAUGAGCACUAUUUUGGCAGAGAGAAACUUGAUAGCGUGAAUGCCAAGUACCUGAACCGCACAAGCUUUGAUGAAGAAAACUGGACUCUAGGACUUCACAAUGUUCAGAUCAAGGACAUGGGCUUAUAUGAUUGCUUUAUACAAAAAAAGACAUCCAAAGGAUCAGUUAUCCUCCAGCAGACAGUGACGGAGCUGUCAGUGGUUGCUAACUUCAGUGAACCUAAAAUCGAGGUUCAGUAUAAAGACAGGAAUUCUGGCAUAAAUUUGACCUGCUCAUCUAAGCAAGGUUUUCCAAAACCUACAAAGAUGUAUGUUUGGAUAAUUAAUUCGACUAAUUCAUCCAGUGAGUACAGUGAUGACAUGCUGAUAUCACAAGACAACGUCACGGAACUAUUCAGCGUUUUCAUUAACCUAUCCAUUCCAUUCCCUGACGGUGUGUGGAGUGUGACCGCCGUGUGUGUUCUGGAAACCGAGUCAAUGACCAUUUCCUCCACACCUCAAAAUAUAGUUCUUCCAAGGUCAGAAUCUAAUCAAGACGAAAGCAAAUCCUGGAUUGCAGCUGUCAUCAUUGGUCUGAUCUUCAUAUUUUUGCUAGUCUGCCUGAUGAACAGAUACAAGAGGAAGCAGGAACAGCCUGGCAUCUCUUAGAAAGAAAUCAGAAUGGAGAGUGAAGGGAGCGGCAGAGUGGAGAAAGAAUAGAAAUCUGUGUACCUGAAAUAAGAAGCCCAGCAUUGUUCGCAAUCCAAAACCAUCCUCAGAUGACCCGAGAACUACACUUGAUUAAAGAACACAUAGCGUCCAUACUUUAUCCCUUUUCCUUUCCAAGCUUUUGAACAACCUAUUUGAUUUUCCAGAAAACGAGAGACUAUAAUGAUUAGGGAAGGUGGAGCUCUGAGACUCGCUCUGGGUGAAACAGUUCCCCAUCAUUCCAGCUCUGAUUCCUGUGUCAGGAGCAGACACUAAUUCUGUCUUGCUUUGUUUGUCUCGGUUCACACUCAGACCUAGUGUACUGAAAUGGCUCCGUCCUGGGGAAUGACUUUUUGGAUCAACCCCUCCCACUGCAGAUCAGAUUCCUCUCCUAACUUUGCAUAGUGCGUUUUUGUAUGGAACCUCUUGUUGUUGGAAUACUGGCUUUUAUAUGUCUUGAAUUCUAAAGUGAUAGCCCACUUCAUCUUGUAUCCUUGGAUGUGAACAAAACUACCUCUUCAGUCAGAAUAGGAAUGGUGUAUUUGAUGACAUUGUUUGAUGUGUUCAUGUUAGUAUGUUAAAAUAGAAAAGCAUGUCUACUUUAGUAGCAUAAUUACUAUGCUCUAGAAAAAGACCCACCACUUACAAAGAACACUCAUCCCUCUGUCCAGAUCAGUAAUAAAUACGCUGACCAAAGUAACGCACAGGUAGCAGCACAGAAUUCGCAAUGCUGGGAGAUCGAGAAAACCAGCUAUUUCUGGAACCAUCCGUGGAUCCAGGGACCACCUGUCAGGGCUGCUGCUGAUAUUGGGAGAAUGUACUCAAUCAGCCAGCUUUUGCAGGAAGCACUGAGGAAAGCAAGAUGUACUGUAUGCCCUGAGUCCUUUUUGUCCUCCUGAGAAAAACGGGAUGCUGGCGGUGAUGGUCUGGGGACAGCUGUGCAAGAACAAGACAGCAAAACACUCGAAACAAGAGGAAAUCAAUAGAGUCCAACCGACAAUGUGCAUAGAAGGAUUGAAGAUCUCCCCAGCCCUUGGUCAAGUCCAGAAGCCAGAGACGGAUGGUAUGUCGCAAUUGAUGUGGACAGAAAUUGCCUUGGUGGUGAACAGUCUUUUGAUGAUCCCCAUGCUUCAUCCAACUGGAGACAGAGUUCGGGAGAAGAACAAUCACUCUGAUGAAAUGAGGGAGGAAGGCUAGGACUCUUUCAACUCACAAUUUGAAUGGAAUUAGGAAAAGCAGAAAGCACAACACCCCAAGGGUGCCCUAGUCUGCAGAUGUCCCAGCAAGCAUGUGUUGGCCCUUCAAAUAAGGACUAAGAGCAACUGAUGCUGAAGACAAUGACAGGAAAACUAUGUACAGGAGAGAAAAAGCCUCGUGGAAAAGUGGUAGGACGUGGUGUGUUGAUAAGCCAUGGAGUAAUCCCCAUCCAAGCUUAAAGAGAACUUUGGGGAGUCCAUGCAGCAAAAACUAUUCUUCAUGUUUUACAUAAAGGGCCAUGGAGGGCUGUGGACUGUUCUGCUGGUGAGAGGCUCGUGCUUGUAAUGCUUCCAUACGUCUUGCCCCUGCCUGUGCAGGUUCUUAAGACU